CAGUUGAGCCGUUUUCAAAAGACACCCCGUUCCAAACUGGUCUACAACUACCAGACCUUCCCAGAGUCAGAGAGCAGCAGUCGCCUGAGCUGAAAUUUAAACCCAAAGGAAGUUUUUUUCUUUCCAGAAAUCGGCCGACAUGUGUACUGGAAAGUGUUCCCUCUGCAUUGCGGUGACUCUGUACCCGCUGGUGCUCAUUUCCAUCAUCUGUAACAUUGUGCUGUUCUUUCCUGAUGGGAGCGUCCAGUACGCCAAAGAUGGAAACAUUACAGAUGAGGUGAAGUACAUGGGAGGAGUGGUUGGAGGAGGCUUAAUGGUUCUGAUCCCUGCACUUCACAUUCACCUGACUGGGAAGCAGGGCUGCUGUGGAAAUCGCUGUGGGAUGUUCCUAUCUAUCGCUUUCGCUGCGGUGGGCGUGGUCGGUGCCCUGUACAGCUUCGUCGUGGCCGUGCUCGGCUUGCAGAAUGGACCUUUGUGUAAAGUAUUACUGAUUUGGACGAGGCCUUUCAAAGACAGUGACACCAGUUACCUGGCCGACAGCUCGAAGUGGUGGAUGUGUACCGAGCCUGAGAACAUCGUCCAGUUCAACAUCGGACUGUUCAGCACUCUGCUGGUGACCAGCGGCCUGCAGAUUAUCCUCUGUGCCACUCAGAUGAUCAACGGGCUCUUUGGAUGUCUGUGCGGCGCCUGCAUCAAGAAGGAGCCUGGGAUGAUCUGAAGAUUUAAAACCAGCAGCUGCUGCAAGCUUCUCACUGGCGCCCCCUGCUGCAUCCUUUAACAAUAAGAACUGCAGAAGGCUGCAGAAAGUCUCAAAACUAAAAUUUGGAUGUUUUUGUCCAUUUUAUGCUUCCUGCUUUAGUACUACCUUGCACUUACAUUCAAUAGUCUUUCUGUGUUGAAAAACUAUCAUUUUGCUUAGAAGAGGCUCAUUUUAUACCCAUGUACAGGUUUGCAAUUGUAUUUUAUGCCAUUAUUAAAUUAGGAUAACAUUCUCAGAGACUGAGGAUAUGAAACACUGGACCUGCUGAGUUGUUUGUAAAAUUCAGUGACAGAAGUGAAAUUUGCUCAGAGAAUCUUGAUUUUUUUUAAAAGAAAAAACAACUUUGUGAUGUUUAUGUUCUAUGCCAAAAACGUUAUUGCACUUAUGGUGAAAGAAAUGAUAGUCCGUCCUUAUGCGGCUUAAAAAAAAAAAUGCAGCUAUGUUUUUAUCAUUUAUUUUUAUCAAAAAACUGUAACCUCUGUUUUAUAGUGUUUAAUUGUUAAAGUGAUUUCCUUAAAGAAAAACAAAUAAAAUACAUAAAAACUCCCA